AAAAUUUUCAUUUACUUUGUAAAACCUUCACACAAAAAUGGCUCUUAACAAGAUUUUAUCCAAUCCUGCAUUGAAAGAUCACAAUAAAAUGGAACUAAACGAAGAAUGGAACAAUUUCAUGAAAAGGAUCGGUGAUGUAUCAAAUUUAGUUAGAGAUAUGGCUAGCGGAGACAAAGAAAAGGCAGACGCAGCCCAGGUUUUAGCUGAUAAAUAUCUACAAGGGAAAGUGAUACUGGACGAAGAAGUUACCAUGAAUAUUAAGGACGACAGAACUGUUAUCAAUAAAAAAACCAGGAAAACUUGCGACGAUUCGGGUGAAAUCGAUAAAGAAACAUGGAUGGCAGAAGUCAGUAAGGACGCAGAGAGACGAGCUCUCGACCGCAAGAUCAGACGAGAGAAAGCAGAUACGUUCAAAACGCAAGCGGUAAAAGCUUUUCGGCGGGGAGAGUACGAACGAGCUCUCAGUUGUUACGAUCGUGCUAUCGAACAAAUUAAAGACAACCCAAUGUUCUACUGCGAUCGGGCUUUGACAAAUAUUAAAUUAGGCUAUUUCGAAAAGGUCGUCGGAGACUGCGAUUCGGCAUUACGCCUUAACGAAGACAGCUACAAAGCGCGCCUUUACCUAACAAAGGCUUACAAGGAGUUGGAGGAACAUGACAAAUACGAAACAAGUUUUAAUGAUUUGGAAAACAAAUUUCCACAGCACCGUGACUUGACCGAAUACUUCUUGAACAAGAGAGAAAAUUUCGAAGAAGACGACGAUGAUUAAUUUUGGAAACACUGAAGAACUGUUGUCGAUUUAGAAAGUUUAGAGUUUUGUUCUGUCAAACGAAAUUUUGUUCAAUUGUGACCGUAUUGUCUUAUUUUAAUUUGACGAUAUCUUUGGAUCUCUUCAUUGUAUCUCAUGCCGUAUCGCUAAAAAUGUUUGUUCGUAAUAAUACUUUUGGCAUGAAGUUUGUUAAUAUCCAUUAAUAGCAUUUUGUAAAUAAAUCGG